CAUACUAUAUAUUCCUGAACUCGACAUUUAGGCAGAGAGAGAGAGAGAGAGAGAGAAAGAAGGAGAGAGGAUGAGCGGAGCAGGGAAGGUAGUGUGCGUGACAGGGGCGUCGGGUUACAUAGCAUCAUGGAUAGUGAAGCUGUUGCUCGACCGUGGUUAUACCGUCAAAGGCACCGUUCGCAGCCUCAGUGAUCCCAAGAAGAUGGACCACUUGCUUUCACUUCAUGGAGCUAAGGAAAGGCUACAGCUGUUUGAAGCUAACUUAAUGGAAGAAGGAUCAUUUGAUUCAGUGGUCGAUGGUUGUGAAGGUGUCUUCCACACAGCAUCGCCUGUUUUUCUAGAAUCCAGCAAUCCACAGGAUGAACUAAUCAAACCUGCGGUGAAGGGAACGCAGAACGUUCUUGGCUCGUGUGCGAAAGUUCCAUCCAUUAAUAGGGUGGUUUUAACAUCUUCCAUGGCAUCAGUUGCAUGGAACAGCAGACCAAGAAACCCUGAUGUGGUAAUUGACGAGACGUGGUUUUCAGAUCCAGUUUAUUGUGAGGAGUCAAAGCUAUUUUAUCACCUUUCAAAAACCUUGGCUGAGGAUGCUGCAUGGAAAUUCACAAGAGAGAACGGAAUAGACCUGGUGACAAUAAAUCCAGGAUUUGUGUUUGGUCCUCUCUUGCAGCCAACUCUCAAUUUCACUUCCGAAGCAGCUCUAAACCUCAUAAAAAAUGGACCUGAUGGUACAGUCUGUCGAUAUGUCGAUGUUAGAGAUGUCGCUUUAGCACAUAUUCUAGCAUAUGAGGUUUCUUCAGCUAGUGGCAGAUACUGUUUAGUUGGGACAGUAACGAAUUCUUCUGAUGCUGUGAAUAUUUUGCGCAAACUUUACCCUGCUCUCAAGCUUCCUGAAAGGCCUGAAGAUGGAAAGCCUGCUGAGCCACUUUACCAGGUUUCCAAGAAAAAGGCCGAAAGUUUGGGUAUGCAUUUUACUCCUCUUGAGGUGACCCUCAGGGAUACUGUUGAAAGCCUUAAAGAGAAGAACUUCCUCCAAUUCUGAAUAAGAAUAUAUGUUUCCACCGAGUGUUGCCCUCAUUAUCUGUGUGUACCUGUAAUUGCCGAGUGCUUUUCCCUUUCUGAAACCCAAUGGAUUGUUGUUUAGGUUUUGAACCAAACGGUCCAAACCCAUGCAUUUGUAUCGGUUUGGUAUUUUAGUUACGUGAACAAAGUCAUUAAAUGUUGAAGUGGUUCCGUUCGGAAGUGAUCUA